GAAACAACGUCGCGAACGCACGACAUUCACCCGAAGCCAGCUAGAGAUUCUGGAGCAUGCGUUUCUGAAGACCAGAUACCCGGACAUCUUCAUGCGAGAAGAUAUGGCGCUGAAGAUUCAACUGCCAGAAAGUCGAGUGCAGGUUGGUAUCCAUUUUUUCUGUCGCGGGCUCAAAAUUAAUGAGGGUGCGAAAAGCUUGGGCCUGUAAGG